GGUUGGUGAUGCUGGACAAACAUGGCCUCCCCGCUGUCCGACGGCUCCUUGGGCUCCCGCUGUCCUCUCCUGGCCGCGGGCCUGCGGCUGCUCCCACUGCUGGAGCUGCUGCAGCUGCUAGUAGUGGAGCCUGGCCUGGGCCGCGUCCACCACUUGGCGCUCAAGGAUGAUGUUCGGCAUAAGGUUCAUCUGAACACUUUCGGAUUCUUCAAGGAUGGAUAUAUGAUGGUUAAUGUCACGAGCCUCUCAAUAAAUGAGCCUGAAGGAGCUACAGAGAAGGAUGCAACUAUUGGCUUCAGCCUUGACCGGACAAAGAAUGAUGGAUUUUCUUCUUAUCUGGAUGAAGAUGCCAGUUUCUGUAUUUUAAAGAAGCAAUCUCUUUCUGUUACCCUUCUAAUCUUAGACAUCUCCAGAAGUGAAGUAAAAAUAAAGUCUCCACCAGAAGCUGGAACCCAGUUACCAAAGAUCAUUUUCAACAAGGCUGAGAAGGUCCUAGGUCAGAGCCAGGAGUCUGGUGAUAACCCUGUAUCAGCUGGCAACCAGACUCAGGAAAAACAAGACAAUGGAAAGUCUAAAAGAAGCACAGUGAAUUCAAAGGCAAUGGGAGAAAAAUCCUUUUCUGUACAUAAUAAUGAUGGGGCAGUUUCAUUUCAGUUUUUUUUUAAUAUCAGCACUAAUGACCAAGAAGGCCUCUACAGUCUCUACUUCCAUAAAUGCCUGGGAAGUGAAAUGCAUUCUAGUGACAAAGUUUCAUUCAGCCUUGAUAUUGAUAUUACAGAGAAGAAUCCUGAUAGUUAUCUCUCAGCAGGAGAAAUUCCUCUUCCCAAAUUGUACAUUUCGAUGGCCUUGUUCUUCUUCCUUUCUGGGACCAUCUGGAUUCACAUCCUUCGAAAACGACGGAACGAUGUAUUUAAAAUUCACUGGCUGAUGGCGGCCCUUCCAUUCACCAAGUCACUCUCCUUGGUGUUCCAUGCAAUCGACUAUCACUACAUUUCCUCUCAGGGCUUUCCAAUUGAAGGCUGGGCAGUUGUGUACUACAUCACUCACCUUUUGAAAGGAGCACUGUUGUUCAUCACCAUUGCACUCAUUGGCACAGGGUGGGCUUUCAUCAAGCACAUCCUUUCCGAUAAAGACAAAAAGAUCUUCAUGAUUGUCAUCCCGCUCCAGGUCCUGGCGAAUGUGGCCUAUAUCAUCAUAGAGUCCACUGAGGAAGGGACGACUGAAUAUGGCCUGUGGAAGGACUCUUUGUUUCUGGUCGACUUGCUGUGCUGUGGCGCCAUCCUCUUCCCAGUAGUGUGGUCAAUCAGACAUUUACAAGAAGCAUCAGCAACAGAUGGAAAAGCUGCUAUUAAUUUAGCAAAGUUGAAGCUUUUCAGACAUUAUUAUGUCUUGAUUGUAUGUUACAUAUACUUCACAAGAAUCAUUGCAUUUCUCCUCAAACUUGCUGUUCCGUUUCAGUGGAAGUGGCUCUACCAGCUCCUUGAUGAAAUGGCCACGCUGAUAUUCUUUGUUUUAACUGGGUAUAAGUUCCGUCCAGCUUCAGAUAAUCCCUACCUACAACUGUCUCAGGAAGAAGAUGACUUGGAAAUGGAAUCUGUGGUGACAACGUCAGGGGUGAUGGAGAACAUGAAGAAAGUCAAGAAGGUGACCAAUGGCUCCGUGGAACCUCAGGGUGACUGGGAAGGCUCUGCGUGAGGCGGCCAGCUCUGCGGAGGGCACUGUCUCAGACAACUUUAAUUUAUUC